AUGUCGAGGCCAAAAGACAACGAGCCAGGACAAAGCCAUGAACAGGAUAGAGGACAAGAACAGAAACAAGGACAAGAACAGUUGCAUGAACAGGAAAGUGAUCCUUACAGACUUCCGCAGGAUCGAUUUGAUGGACGCAGAAAACGAUUCCGAUCGAAUCAGGAACAAGACAGAAUUACGGAACAGGAACGAGAAAGAAUUACGGAACAGGAACGAAAAAGAAAUACGGAAAAGGAACGAGCAAGAAUUACGGAACAGGAACGAAACAGAAUUACGGAACAGGAACGAGUGAGAAUUACGGAACAGCAGGAUCCAUUCCACAAAUAUUUUUCGGAAGAAAGGAACGAACCAUCUUUUGCGAGACUUAUAGCAGAUAAUUGGGAAGAGGAGGAGAGGGAGGGGGAAAAAAUAGAAACGACGGAACCAACUAAAACUAUAAAGAGCGGGUUUGUGAACUGGGAUACAGAGAAAGAAUGGAGGGAAAUCCGAGAAUUGGAGAAGAAGGAGGAAGAUAGAAAGAAAAUUGAGGCUUGGGAAGAGAUGAGACAAAACAUGGAUAAGAGAAAAAGAACUGAAAAGCCUCAAAUAAAGGGAAGGAUGAGAAUCCGCGAAAAUCUGCCAACACGCUUCACCGAGCAGGAGAGAUCCACACUACAACAGGUUUCUAGUCCAGGCCCCUUAGACUCCUUAUCCUCGCCGCCAAGGGACCUAGCAGAGUUAGGGGCCAUAAAACCAGGUUCAGGGGCCGCCUUGGAAACAGGUGUUGCUUUAGGGGGACGUUGGGGCCCCUCUGCUGCUCCUAUAGGGGCUGCAGUUGAAAGACAGCUCUCCGGAAACAGGUUUCCUGUCCGAGGUUCUAGGCCAGGUGAUGUAAAUGGUUCAGCCGUUGCACUUCUUUCCUUUCUUCUCCUACUCAACAUGAUGCAGGAUGUUAUGGAUAGAAUCACUUCUGCUGGUAAGAGAAGAAAAAAACGUUCAGAGCCAACCAGCUAAACCAACCCAAACCAAACAAAAAAGUGUUUUCAAGAAAAAACAAACCAAACCAAACAUUGUCUUCAAGAUAAACCAAACUAAACAAUGUUUUCAAGAUAAAACAAACCAAACAGUGUUUUCAAGAUGAACCAAACCAAACCAAACAUUGUCUUCAAGAUAAACCAAACUAAACAAUGUUUUCAAGAUAAAACAAACCAAACAGUGUUUUCAAGAUGAACCAAACCAAACCAAACAUUGUCUACAAGAUAAACAGAGUUUUUAGAUUAACCAAACUAAAUAAAAGUUAGAGAAGUUUUAUUUUUAAUUUUGAAACUUUCUGAUUUAUAAUUCUUGAUUUAUGUAAGUGAAGUAUGUUACAAACUAGACACGUUCAAUAUUUGAAAUCGGGGAAAAGUACAACCUUAAACUUAAUUCAUUAAAAUUUGAAAUUGCGCUUCCAAAAAAGUUAGUUUUAGACAAAUUCACUAGGUACAAAUAUACCAUUAUAAAUAUACGAUAUAAAAUUGAUCGAACGACAUAUUAAAUUUGGAAAAAUACAAUCGCUAUUUAUUGAACGAAUCCAUUUUUCGAUUAAACUAUUAAACUAUUAGUGCGUUCACAAUGUUAGUAUGAUGUACAUCCAAUCGUUCAUGUUAUUAAUUAAAUAUCUUUU